ACCUGUUCCCCAGCAUUCUCCGCUAUUCCGCUCGUUGCAGCGCCCUCAAUUCGCUGCCCGUUCCGCCCAGCACCGUUCAGACGGCACGCUGCAUCCCGCGCCGCAUUCGAUCGCUCUCGCUUGCGUUAACGGUCUCCCCUUCCGCGCUCCUCUCCCCCCACCCUCCCUCCGCGAUCCCCGCUGCUCCUCUUCUCCCCCCUGCGCCGCCCGCUUUCCCCAUUCGCCCGUCUCGUCGCCCGGCGCGCUGCCAGCGAUGAAUCGCCCGUCGCCGGCCGCCGCCGCUGCGACCCUGGCUGUCGCCGGCCUCGGGGGGGGGGACCGGGUGGGCGCCAGGGGCGGAAGGGUGGACGCCGCCGCGGAUUGCGAGAUUGCGGAGGCGGCGGAUGGUCGCGUUGGCGGGGGGAAUCGGCGCAGCAGAGGCGCACGAUGUGAUCGGGGGAGGGGGAGGGGGGCGGGGAAUGCGGGAGAGGGUGGGCGAGGGGUGGAUGACGGUUGACGGCGGGGAGGUGCCACAGUGUGCGCGCCGGGGGGGACUGGUGGAGGGCGGGUGCACUGGAUGUGGCUGGAGCUUGGCUCGCUGGGCUGUGGGGCAUUGGCUGUGGGGUGGUAGAGGGGGGAGCGCACAAGUAUCGGUGCAAGGUCUAGUGCGAGGCGUGUUCAUGCCUCUUGCAUUGCAAGUAGUGCUCCCAACGACUCUCCCCUCGCACUCACCAACAACCACUCCCUCCUGCCCUCCUUCCCUUCCCCACAUCCCCCCUCUUCCCCCCCGUUCUCUCCCCCCCCCACACACAGCGCCCUCAUCCCCCUCCUUCUCACCGGCAGCAUCGCCCCGUGCCGCGUCGCCGCCCUCCCAUUCACCGCGCCCCUUCCCCUUCUUCCCCCGACCCGCCCCCCGUCUCCUCGCUCUCCUCAACCAGCGUCUCCCCCGCGCCCUCCUUCCCCCCCCCCGCUCUCGCCUGCUCGCGCUGCUCCUCCUCCUCGCCCUGGCCAUGCUGCUCCUCCUGCUGCGUCCCUGGGCCCAUCACCGCACGUCCUCAGCGCCAGCCCCCUCCGCGCCCGCUGCACUCACCACCCACGGCGCCCCCGCCCAGCAGCCCCUGCUGCAGCGCCUGCUGCGGCGGCAGCAGCAGCUGCAGGGGCAGCAGGCGUGGGGGCACCUGCACCAGGCGCUGCUGCUGCCACUGCACCAACGCCUCUCACGCUGGUCGCUAUUCGCCUCACUCUUCAACCACGUGCGUCUGGGAGCGGGUCGCCUUCUCUUCGUGAACGGCUCUCUCCCCCCCUCCGCCCUCCCCUCGCCCUCCCUCCCCCUCUCUCCCUCGCCGUGGCUGGAGGGGGGGGGGAGGCUGGAGGAGUGGGGGGGCGGAGAGGAGCAGGGGCGCAGGGUGGCAUGGAGGGGGGUGAGGGGGCGGGCAGCGGCGUGUGUGGCUUUAAGAGACGAGUUCGAUGCCGCCCGGGAUGGGUACCAGCGAGCCCUUCAGCUGUACCUUCAGAGCCUGCUGCCCGCGCUCUCCCCCGCCUCCCCUUCUGCCCCCCACCCCCCCUUCAACUCUCCUCCAUCUGCUCUGCGCUCCUCCCUCUCGGCCCUGCGCCAGCGCUUGCUAAAGGAGUGUGCUUAUAGCGGGGACGAGCUGGACCUGCCAGCAGGGGAGAGAGGCGAGGAGAGACUGCGGGAGGAGGAGAGCAGGGGAGGGGGGGUGGGAGAGAGAGGGCAAAGGGACGGCAGGGGGGGUUUGUUAGAGGCAGACGGUGGGGUGCGGUGCAGGGGGGGCGAGCAGGGGAGGGAGGCGCGGGAGUGUGUGGGCGUGCGGGGGGACGUGCCGCUAUGGCAGCGGCGGCGGGAGCUGUUUCCGCGGGCCGCUGUGGGCGUGUCAGUGCUGCUGCAGUUCUUCAAGCAGCCCGACACCAUGCAACCCCUCGUGUCGCGCCUGCACGCAUGUGCGCUCAAGGGGGGGCCACAUGGGGGCGCGGGUAGUGGCAGUGAGGCUGGGGGUGCUGGGGCCGAGGCAGCUGCUGGUGGGGGCGCGGGUGGGGGCGUGGAAGCAAGGCAGGGGGAGGAACAAGGGAGUGGGAAUGGAGGUGGUGGGGAGACAGGAUGGGAGGUGUGGGAGGGGUUGGGAGGGGAGGUGACGUGGGAUGAGGGGGGUGCAGAGGGGGGUGCAGAGGGGGGUGCGGAGGGGGGUGCAGCAGAUGAGGGGAGGGAGGGGAGGAGGGGAGGGGGAAAGCCAUGGACGCUCGUGAGGGAUGGCAUGGCAGGGGGACCGCCAGCCAUGGGGGGCACGGAGAGCCGCAGUGGCCGAGCGGACAGCGGGCGAGCGGGCAGCGGGCGGGCGGAGUAUACAAUGCAGCUGGCAGUGACUGCGGAUGAGCCGUCCGCGUGGCCGUACUGGCUGCACCUGUGGCGGGCCACGGGGGGUGGCCACCCACCACCGUCACCAGAGCUGGCCACACACCCAGCUGCCCACCCUGCCAAUGCCACACCCACACCAACCCCCCCCUCCCCCUCGGCCUGGUGCGGGCACCGCUGCGUGCAGUCGUCCUUCCUGCGGGUCAUCUUCCGCCACAACACCCACGAGGUCUUCGGCUUCAACCGCGCCGCCUCGCCCUCCCUCUCCCCCUUCCUCGCCCUCCUCCAAGACGACGACCUGCCGCCCGCCUCCUGCCGCUGGCUGCACUCGAUCCUGCGCUCCCUCUCGUCGCGCCCCUCAGUAGCAGCCGUGGGCUACCGCACGGGCAAGGUGGAUGUGGACAGCCGCGGGGGAGAGGGCGUGCACGCGUUCCAGCGCCGGGCAAGGAACCUGUGGGCGCAGCCAGAGAGGGAGGGGCGGUCGGGGGCGCGCGGGUACAUGGCGGGCGUGGUGGACGUGGGGCCCAUGGUGGUGCGGCGAGGCGUGUGGGAGCACAUGGGCGGGCUGGAUGAGGGCAUGUCGACGAGGGGGCAGAGUGCCAUGAUGACGGACUGGGCGAUGGCCUUCCAUGUGUGGAUGGGCGCCCACAAGCUGCUGCACAUGGCAUGGGAGGGCGGGCAGGGCAUGACGUCAGCGGGGCGGGGGGGCACGCAUAAGGGCGGGCAGAGGGGGUUGAGGGAGAUGCAGAAGGUGGUGGGGCGGGCGGUGUUUGAGCGCCACGUGGUGGACCCCUAUGAUGCCCGGCAGCAGAGGGAGGUGCGGCGCGCCAAUAUGCUCCUCAUGCCCCUGCUGGACGUCUGGCACUGAUGCUGGCUGUGCUGUGCGGGCACAGUGGGGGGGCGGUGAGGGGGCAGUGAGGGGGCAGUGAGGGGGCAGUGAGGGGGCAGUGAGGGGGCAGUGAGGGGGCAGUGAGGGGGCAGUGAGUGGGCAGUGAGGGGGCAGUGAGGACAAGGCGCUGCUGGGACAUGGCACUGAGGGGUUGGUGCUGCUGGGAGGUUGGCGGAAUUGAGUGUAAGUGUGCUGCAGAGCAUUGCCCUUGUGUUGGAAAAACCUCGAGAACUUAAGUGUUUCUGAAGUGUAACACUACACUUGAGGAAAGUCGUAUCGGGUAUUAGAAUAAGUAAGUGACUAGAAUAGGACACAAGGGUAUAUAGACUAGGGUGUUGUACCCUCUAAGGCACAAACCAGUAUAGUCUACAGUAACCACCUAAGUUACAUUUGACACACCCCCUAGCCUAGACUAUAUAGGGGCAGUGCUUGACAAGCGAAUAAGCAGCUCAGGGCGGCACUACUAGUCCAGCCUCUGAGGCAAGGGUCUAAAGACCAGUCAAAAGGAGUACAUACAAGGCAAGAGCAAGACCAGGACGGCACUACUAGUCCAGCCACUGGGAGAGGCCACAAGGCCAGUCUGGGUAAUAUAUAGAAGGUCGGUAC